UAAAUUGAUCGAUCCCUAGACAAGUCUCAAGUCAAAACCCUUAAACUCCCUUCUGAGUUCUGAUUUUGUUCUAUGCAGUCGGAGAAGAAGUAGAAGAUCUCAAGUUUGAUCAAACCCUAUGAUAUAUGUCGAGCCCUAAGAAGAUGACGACGACAACACAACAGGCACUUCCCAAUGAUUUGCUAUUGAGCUGCAUUGCACGUGUCUCUAGAUUGUACUAUCCUACUCUUUCCUUAGUCUCCAAGAGCUUUCGAUCUCUCGUUGCUUCACCGGAACUUUACAAGACCCGAUCUCUACUAGGCCACGCCGAGAGCUGUCUCUAUGUGUGCUUACGGUUCCCUCCUGACCCUAACCCUCGCUGGUACACUCUCUGCCAAAUACCUAAUCGAAUGAAGAAGAAGAAUUCAAGUGGCAAAAUUCUGGUCCCAAUCCUAAUCCCAUCCUCUCCCAAUUCUCCUCCGCAAUUGCAUUCGUCGAAUCAUCUUGUCGCCGUUGGUUCGAAUAUCUACAAAAUUGGAGGGGAUGUGCCCUCCUCUUCAAGAGUCUCUGUCUUGGAUUGUAAGUCUCACACAUGGAACCAGGCUCCAAGCAUGCGGGUUGACCGGAGCUCCUCUUCCUCCUCUGUAAGUCUACUUGACGGGAAGAUAUACGUAGCAGGAGGUUGUGAAGAUGGCAAUUCUGUGAACUGGGUUGAAGCGUUUGAUCCAAAGACUCACACUUGGAGCUCUGUGACUAGCCCUAGCGCGGCGAUACGCAAUGGAAGUGUAGCUGAACACAGAAGCUUGGGACUUGGUGGAAAAUUCCACAUCUUUGGUGAUGUCUCUAAUGAGUCUGGGGUGGUUUACAAUCCCAAGGAAGGUAGAUGGAACCCGGUACCAUUAUUUAUUAAUAUGGCUAGUGAACUGUGGUACCAUAGUUGUUGUGUGAUAGACAACAUCUUGUUCUAUUGGUUUCACGAACUCUUCCAGUGGUAUGACUAUAAGGUACAUUUAUGGAAGCAAGUGAACGGUCUUGAAGUUUUGCCUGAAAUGUUAGGAAAGGGAUUGAAAACUUUUAGAACUUUGUUUGAGUUCUUCAACCCUGAGCGUUGGCAUUGUAAAAUUGUUGAUUAUGGUGGAAAGAUGGUGGUUUUGUGGGAUGAGGAGUGUGAUGGCUAUCAAGAAAAUAGGAUUUGGUGUGCGGAGAUUGAGCUUGAAAGACGCGAUGGAGAUGAGAUUUGGGGCAAAGUUGUGUGGUUUGAUGUUGUUCUUACAGUCCCCAAAUCAUGUCACUUCUUGAAUGGGAAUGCUCUUUCUGCUACUGUUUGAUGCUGCUUGGAACAGUUAAUGCAGGCUUAUAUCGUCUAGUUUUUCAAUAUGUUCAGGGUUUCUUUUUGGUGUUUAUUUCUCAUUAGUAAUAGUAAGUGACUGAUAGUUUCAUGUUUUUAGCGGAUACAGUUGCCAUUGUUUCACUUCUAAAAUACUAUUGAGUCUGUUAAAACGAUAAGCUCUGUGAUCUCCGACGCAAUCCUUGAUGCUUGCCUUUAACAAGACUUAGAGAGCAAAUAUUCUUGUGAGACUUGCACCAAGAACAAUAUGGUCAUGGUUUCCGGAGAAACCACCACAAAAGCCAAAGUAGACUACGAGAAGAUCGUAUGUGAGACUUGCCGUGGUAUUGAAUUCACCUCUGACGAUGUUGAUGGCCUUGAUACUGAUCUCUGUAAAGUCCUCGUUAACAUUGAUGCAAUGGGGUCAUGACAUAGCUCAAGGUGUUCAUGGUCAUCUUACGAAGAAACCUGAAGAUAUUGUUGCUGGAGAUCAAGGUCAUAUGUUUGGUUACUCCUCUUAGCCAUGUUUUAGGUACUAAGCUGGGUGCUAAACUCACUAAAGCUGGCAAGAACGUGACUUGUCCUUGGUUGAGACCUGUCCUGAUGGUAAUUAAGACUCAAGUGACUAUUGAGUACGUCAAUGUAAAAGGAGCUAUGGUUCUGAUCCGUGUACAACUGUUCUCAUCUCAACACAACAUGAUCAGACUGUGACUAAUGAAGUUUAGUGAGCUAGGUGCAGUGCCGGCCCUGUUAUAUAUGAGGCCGAAUACAAAACAAAA